GCCGAGGGAGGCGGCAGGAACAGCCGAGCCGGAAGCAGGAAGUCGCUGUGUUCAUCGAGACUCAGCCAUAACAAACAUCCAAACCACAAACAACUACACUUUAUAACAAUGGCGGGCAUAAAAGCUCUGGUUGGUCUGUCGUUUACUGGAGCCAUCGGGCUGACGUUCCUGCUGCUGGGCUGCGCCCUGGAGCAGUACGGGGUUUACUGGCCGAUGUUUGUCCUGAUCUUCUACGUAUUGAGCCCCAUCCCAAUCCUCAUAUCCAGACGUGUCAGUGAUGACGUGGACUCCUCCAGCAACGCCUGCAGAGAGCUGGCCUACUUCAUAACGACCGGCAUCGUGGUCUCGGCGUUCGGCCUUCCCAUCAUCUUAGCUCGAAUAAGCACAAUCCAGUGGGGAGCCUGCAGUCUGGUGAUGACGGGCAACGCCGUCAUCUUCUUCACCAUCCUGGGCUUCUUCGUGGUGUUUGGCGGCGGGGACGACUUCAGCUGGGAGCAGUGGUAGAUCGCCUCUGCAGAGUGGACGGAUAGUUGGACGAACUGACCGCAGGCUGAGGGGCACACCUGUCCGCCGUUCAAAGGGGGGGAUGCUCAUUCAGAGAGCCAAACAUUUGGACUAAACCUGCACUCAAUCUGGGAGAUGUUUAUAUCGGGGCGAGGUGAGGUUUAGCAGACAGUACUAUGUACUUUAUUAAUGUGCCUUACGUGUAGGACCAAGGGACACCGGUGCCUAUACCGCUCUUGUGCACCAUUACUAGCCUUUUUAUCCUUUAUAUUUACGCUUGUCUUAGUUUCAACCCCUCAAGCACUGUGUUCUUGUUAUAUCUUAGUUAAUCAAUAUCACAAAGAAUCCAAAUAUAACUCUGUUGUAAUGUACACUGCAAAGCUGAGCGCUUCUCUGGAGGUGGAGCUAUUCUCAAAUAUGCAUUUUGGUGUUUGAAAACUAAAGAUGCGUUAUUGUAAUCCCUGCUCUACGACACUUCAAUACAGGAAUCCACAGCUUUUUGUAUUUAUGUUUGGUUUUUCAUCAAGACUUUAGGACCUUUAAUAUUUGUUCUGGUGCAAUUGUUUACAUUUUCACCAAAGAUCUUUUAGAAGAAGGAGUUUGUUUUUGUGUGAACUAGAAAUAUGAUCCUCAAAAGCCAACUGGGGCAUUUAAAAAAAACAUUUUUUUGAGCAUUUUAGAGAAAUAUUCAUUUUAAGCUCCUGUUCAUGCCUUAACAUCAUAGUAUCAUGAAUGACAUCAUAAAUUGUAUUCCUGAAUGCGUUUAGGCCCCUCUUCCUCGUGGAGGACCUUCGUUGCAAAGUUCUUCAUAAAUUCCGGUCUAACAAAAUGUGUGUUUUAUUAGAAGAAAAGUGAGUUAGUGUGAUACGUUGUUCUAUGUUGAAACUGAAAUCUUUGCCUGUUAAUUACAAUGUCAGCAUUUUGUUCUCUUUUGUUGUGGCUGGUAAACUAAUCAGCUUUUCUGGGUGUUGCCUUGCCGCAGAGACUUUCAUUUUAAAACGUAGCAUUAACUGUCCCAUACAAUCUCUCACCUUUUUUUUGCAUUUUUUUUUCCAUAUCUGCAAUAUACAGAAUGAUAUUUUAUGUUUGUAACUGACAUCAUGAAUAAACUCCCUGAGGAAUGUUUUAUUCUCUCCAUCUAAAAGGGCUGUUUUUUAAGCUCCAGACUGCAUUUUGUUAUCUCACACUGAUUAAAACUGUUUAUCAAAA